AUGGGGGUGAGGAACGGCCUGCCAUGUCAGUAUGGAUCUAAGACUGGUGCUGCUGACAUUUUUCAACUGCUCGGUGAGAGCGGAGCAGGGAAGACGGUAGCAGCAAAGUACAUCAUGGGCUACAUCUCCAAAGUUUCAGGUGGAGGUCCCAGAGUUCAGCAUGUCAAAGACAUCAUUCUGCAGUCCAACCCUCUUCUGGAGGCCUUCGGGAAUGCUAAGACAGUGAGGAACAACAACUCCAGUCGAUUUGGGAAAUACUUUGAGAUUCAGUUCAGUUCCGGCGGUGAGCCAGAUGGUGGGAAGAUCUCCAACUUCCUUUUGGAAAAAUCACGUGUGGUGAUGCGGAAUCCUGGAGAGAGGAGCUUCCACAUCUUCUACCAGAAAUCAUCAUACAUGUUUUCACUAUUCUCUAACAAAUGGGGUGGCAAGUCAGAGUCCAUAGACGUAACACUGAAUGUGGAACAGGCGUGUUUCACUCGUGACGCCCUCUCCAAAGCCUUGCACUCUCGUGUUUUUGACUACCUGGUGGAGUCAAUCAAUAAAGCCAUGGUUAAGGACCAUCAGGAGCUGAACAUUGGAGUAUUGGAUAUUUAUGGCUUUGAGAUUUUUCAGAAAAAUGGAUUUGAACAGUUCUGUAUCAACUUUGUGAAUGAAAAACUGCAGCAGAUUUUCAUUGAGCUGACUCUGAAAGCUGAGCAGGAGGAGUAUGUACAGGAAGGAAUCCGAUGGACUCCCAUAGAGUACUUCAACAAUAAGAUCGUCUGUGACCUCAUUGAGAGUAAACUGAAUCCUCCAGGCAUCAUGAGUAUACUGGACGAUGUGUGUGCUACUAUGCAUGCGAAGGGUGAGGGUGCAGAUCAAACGAUGCUGCAGAAGCUCCGAAUGCAGAUCAACAAUCACGAGCACUUUAACAGCUGGAACCAGGGCUUCAUCAUUCACCAUUACGCUGGCAAGGUGUCUUAUGAUGCAGAGGGUUUCUGUGAGAGGAACAGGGAUGUGCUGUUCACUGACCUGAUCGAGCUAAUGCAGAGCAGUGAAAUACCUUUCAUCCGUGCCCUGUUCCCAGAAAACCUCAAUGCUGAGAAAAAAGGCAGACCCACUACUGCAGGAAGUAAAAUCAAGAAACAAGCCAACGAUCUGGUGAGCACCCUGAUGAAAUGUACACCUCACUACAUACGCUGUAUCAAACCCAAUGAGACCAAGAAACCUAAAGACUGGGAGGAGAGCAGAGUGAAGCACCAGGUUGAGUAUCUGGGUCUGAAGGAGAAUAUAAGAGUAAGGCGUGCCGGCUAUGCCUACAGAAGAAUCUUCCGCAAGUUUUUGAACAGGUAUGCCAUUUUGACGAAGGAGUCAUGGCCGACGUGGCGUGGGGAUGAGAAGCAGGGUGUGCUGCAUCUCCUGCGCGCCGUAAACAUGGACCAAGACCAGUAUCAGCUCGGACAUACCAAAAUCUUCAUCAAAGCUCCUGAGUCGCUCUUCCUGCUGGAGGAGACAAGAGAGCGCAAAUUCGACGGUUAUGCCAGAACCAUUCAGACGGCCUGGAGGAAAUAUUGUGCACGCAAGAAAUAUGUUCAAAUGAGAGAGGAGGCCUCUGAUCUGCUUCUGAACAGGAAGGAGAGAAGAAGGCACAGCUUGAACAGGAACUUUGUGGGCGAUUACAUAGGUAUGGAUGAUCGGCCCGAGCUCAGGCAAUUUGUGGGCAAAAGGGAGAAGAUCGAUUUUGCGGACAAAGUCAACAAAUUCGACAGGCGGUUUAAGAGCAUCAAGAGAGACCUGAUCCUCACCCCUAAAUCUGUCUACCUGAUUGGAAGAGAAAAGGUGAAGCAGGGGCCAGAGAAAGGGAUGGUGAAAGAGGUCCUAAAGCGCAAAAUUGACGUAGAGAAGAUAAUGGCUGUUUCUCUAAGCACAAUGCAGGAUGACUUCAUGAUCCUGCACGAGGAGGAGUAUGACAGCCUGCUGGAGUGUGUAUUCAAAACCGAGUUCAUCAGUUUGCUGGCACGCCGAUACGAAGAGAGAACACAGAAAAAACUACCUCUCAAAUUUAGCACCACGCUGGAAAUGAAAUUGAAGAAAGAAGGAUGGGGACCCUGGAAUGCCGGAGGGUCCAGACAGGUGCAGUUCAUCCAAGGUCAAGGGGACGUAGCUGUGCUGCGACCCUCAAAUAAAAUGCUGCAGGUCAGCAUUGGACCGGGUUUGCCCAAAAACUCACGUCCUACUAAGCAGGGUGUCACUCAAAGCCGUCCCAACAUGUCCAGGACACACCACCACACCCCAACACGAGUCGCACCCGGGCCUCCAGCAAUUGCUCACCAGAACGGAGGGCUGAAGAAUGCAAAUCACGCGGCCAAUCAGAGAAACUCGCAACAUCACAGCAAUCAGAAGCCGAUAUCUGGAAACACGGCCCAUCCCUUCUUGCCUACUAAUAUCAGUCAGCUCAAGGACAGAGGCAACAGACAGGCACCCCAGCAAACCAACCUGGAUUUCCUCAAAGUACCAGACCAAGGGGCCGCAGGCAGAAAUCGACAACCGUCUGACAAUGGAGGAAUGGCCCACAGACAGUCAACAAACAGGCCCACUCCAGGAGGUGGCCGUCCCAAACCAACCCCCAAGCCGAAGCCCCAGGUGCCUCAGUGUAAAGCUCUUUAUGCCUACGACGCCCAAGACACAGAUGAGCUAAGUUUCAACGCAGACGACAUUAUUGACAUCAUUAAGGAAGAUGCCUCUGGAUGGUGGACAGGGAGGCUGAGAGGUAAACAAGGCCUUUUCCCAAACAACUACGUGGCUAAGAUCUAACCUCUUCUGCCUUUAAUGAGGGGCGCAGACUUGUUAGACACAGAAGGACAAAAAAGGAGGGAAAACUGAGAUAAUGAAGGAAGGAGCGAGGUGUGCCAUGGCUGUGGUUAAACUCCUCAAAAGCUCUGCGUUCUGGUGCCACAGACACUUGAGGGCAUGCGGGCAGACGCCGGUCGGGCACGAAACAUUUCUCCAGGGCGCUGAAUACUGAACUGUCCCUGUGAGCACUGAUCAAACUAUUUAUUGUAUUUAUAUUAUAGCUUUCUACAGUUUAUUUCUGAUGUGGUUUGUUCAUCUGUCAUUGAUAUUUAAGGUGAUCUUAAUUCACUUGAAGAGAUGAAGUAGCCAUUUUAUGUGGGAACAGGCUUUUUUAUUUUGCUUUUGAAAUGGAUCAAUUGUAUAUGUAAAUUAAGGUGCUUGCCUUUUAGGGUCACCUGCUGUUCAUGAUUUUUAUUUCAUUUUAUUUUUUCCAAUUUCUUGAAGUCAUGUCCAAAUCAAUGGUUUUAGUGGGGAAUGUUUUGCUGCUAAGGACCGUUUUGCAUGUUAUUGCCUUUCACCUUGUAAUUAACAGAAACCCAAAUGUAUAAAAUGCACUACGGCUCUUGAAAACCAUGGUUUGUAUGCUUUUGAAGUUCAUAAUCUCAGAACAGUGCUGAAUGUAUCAUUGUGCAAAAGAUGCAAACAGUUGGGUAAAAUUGUCUGAAUUUAAACUACAGUGGUAUUUCCAUGCAUUAAAGACACAAUCAGCACAUUGUUACGGUAUAGUUAUGAAAUAUUAUAUCAGUAUGACAAUAUACAGUGUACUGGUCAGCUCAUCCACACCAACAUUCACUAAGGUGCUAGUCAGUGAAGAAUCGGAGACUGGAUCCAUGAACAUCUUAAAAAGAAGGUUCUCCAGAUAAAUUCUUAGGAAUUCAUAAAAAUGUUCAAAAGUGCAAUUCUUGAAAAAAUGUUAAGAAGUUUCUAUAUUUUCUUAAGAAUAAAGUGACAGUUGGUGUCUGAUUGUAUACUAUUCUACUGAUGAGGUUGCCAUGUCUAAUACAACCAAUUUAAAACU